AUGGGCUUAACUAAGGAUCUUGAGACGAAUGUUUCGUCGGCUCCUCCGUCGUCUGCAGGGUCAUCGGAGCGAGAUGAUAGCUAUGAUGUUUACCAACAAGCUCGUGAAUUGGAAUAUACACCGGAAGAGGCCAAAAAGGUUCUGCGGAAAAUCGACCUUAGAUUAAUGCCGCUUUUGUUCCUUAUAUACUUAUUGCAGUAUCUCGACAAAAACAGUCUCAAUUUCUCGUCGGUCUACGGCUUGAAGCAAGGAACGCAUUUGGAAGGCCAGGACUAUUCAUGGCUAGGAUCUAUCUUCUAUUUCGGCUAUCUGGUCGCGCAGUGGCCAGCUGGGUUAGCCCUUCAAAAACUUCCAAUUGGGAAGUUUCUUAGUACAACGACCAUCAUCUGGGGAGGCCUGUUGAUGACAACGCCGGCUUGUCACAACUUCGCCGGGAUAGCAGUGAACCGCUUUCUCCUUGGAGUCACCGAAGCUGUUGUGAACCCCGGAUUCGUCAUUAUGAUGAGCAUCUGGUAUACUUCAAGCGAGCAGCCUCUGCGCCUCGAAACGUAUUACUGCACCAAUGGCAUUGCCACCAUGUUUGGAGGCCUCCUCGGCUACGCAAUUGGGCACAUAACGGGCGGUCUCCCGCGAUGGAUGUAUGUAUUCCUAAUCUUUGGCGCGGUAUCACUCGCCAUCGGAAUUGCAUCCCUCCUAUUCCUCCCCGAUCUCCCAUCAACCGCCAAAUUCCUCACCGAGCGUGAGAAAGCGAUUGCUAUCGACCGCGUCGCGAUCAACCGACAAGGGGUAAAGAACCACCACUUCAAAUGGUACCAAGUGUGGCAGGCAGCUCGAGAUCCUAAGACGUGGUUAUUGUUCAUCAUGGCUGUUGGGGCUCAAGUUCCAAACUCUGCCUUGACGAGUUUCACUUCCAUCAUCGUCGGAUCCUUCGGUUUCGAUACCCUCGGAACGCAAUACUUGCAGAUCCCCGGUGGUGCGGUCCAAUUCCUCACACUCCUCUUUGGAGGCAUGAUUGCGACGAAAUAUAGCGGCAGAUUCCACUCUCGAAGUGCGUGCAUGAUAUUCGCCUGUCUAGUUUGCAUCAUCGGAUCUGGACUCCUAGUCGGUCUUCCGGACUCGAAUAAAUGGGGCCGGCUGGUUGCGCUCUGGCUGUGCUAUUUCCAGGGACUGGGCUUCAGUAUGAGUCUGACGAUCGUGAGUUCUAAUAUUGCCGGGUCCACAAAGAAACAGGUAACCGGGGCGUUACUGUUCACGGGGUAUUGUGUGGGAAAUAUCAUUGGACCGCAGACGUUCAAGGAUAGUGAGGCACCGGGAUAUCAUAGUGCAUAUGUUGCUAUGUUGGUUGGGUACGCGGUGAAGCUGGUUUCAAUUAUUGCCCUCUACCUGUACAUGUAUUUCGAGAAUCAACGGAGGGAUCGGGAAGCUCUUGGUUCGAACAGUGACGAGAGCGAUGGUGUUGAGAAGGGCAUGUUGGAUCAAACAGAGAUCGACAAUAAGACGUUCAGAUACGUUCUUUAG